CGCGUAAAAUGCGUGUUUAUGUUUUUAGCUUCGCCUCGAACAUUUAUUAAUUUCCCCGAUAAAGAAUGUCCCAAAAGUCGAUUCUUUCGUUCUUCGGCAAGCAAACGGCAGCGAAAAACGGUCCACCGACGGCGGCGGAUUCCAAGGCGGUGAAAUCGGAAGAGAAAGACGACCUGCAAGCGACAAAAAGUGAUGUGAAUGCGAAACAGGCAAUCGCCGGCGAUGAUAGCGAAGCAUCGCAGUCGCCGUUGAAAUUAUCGAAGACAACCGCUGGCAAGCGGAAACGUGUCCUUUCCUCCAGCGGGAGUGAGGAUGAAGCUCCGGCAAACAAAAGCGCUCCGGAUUCGAAAAAGCAAGCUUCUACUUUAGAAAAGAAAUCUCCUAAAAAGAGUACUUCUCCUGAGACUAAAAAAGCAGCUUCUACUCCACCGAAAAAGAGUCCGAAGAAUGUCAAGAAAGAGGAAAAGCCAGUAACAUCGAAGGAAGAAGCUAAAAAGGAGAAAAAAUCCCCGAGUAGUCCCGUGGCAGCACCAGCAAGCAGCAGCAGCGUGAAGGUGGAAAAACCUUCACCAACAAAACCAGCGAACGGCAGCGGCAGUAGCUUUUUCACUUCCACCAAGAAAGAACCAACGACCAAUGGGAAGGCCGGCGGCAGCAGCGAUGGAACCGAUUAUGAUCCGGGAAAGAAGAACUAUCAUCCCAUUAAGGAUGCUUUCUGGAAAAAGGGUGAUCGUGUCCCAUACCUGGCAUUGGCGCGAACAUUCCAAACCAUCGAAGAAACGAGCGGGCGCCUGCGAAUGAUCGAGAUUUUGGCCAAUUACUUCCGUUCGGUGAUACUGCUCAGUCCGUCCGAUCUGUUGGCGAGUGUGUAUCUGAGUCUGAACCAGCUUGCACCGGCUUACGAGGGUGUUGAGCUGGGUAUCGCGGAGCACUCGCUCAUGAAAGCGAUCGCGCAGAGCACUGGCCGUAGCUUGGCCCAAAUCAAGACCGACGCGCAAACAACCGGUGACCUGGGGCUGGUGGCUGAGCAGUCGAAGAGUAGCCAACGCAUGAUGUUCCGCCCAGCACCACUUACAGUCGCAAGUGUGUUCGGGAAGCUGCGUGAAAUAGCAUCGAUGAUUGGCGCAGCCUCGAUGACGAAGAAGAUGGACAAAAUCCAGGCAAUGUUUGUCGCCUGUCGGCACUCGGAGUCCCGCUUCAUCAUUCGCUCGCUGGCCGGUAAGUUAAGGAUUGGGCUAGCCGAGCAAUCGCUGCUGCAGGCACUGGCACAAGCAUGUGCCUUUACACCGACGGAGUUAGCUGGUGGGGACUCCCCCGUUGUAGAUGCUCUGGCCAAGGAGCCGGAGGCGAAGGUGAAAGCUCGGGUGGACGAGAUCGCCCUUAAGUUGAAAACGGUGUACUGUCAGUGUCCCAAUUACAAUCAGAUCGUGCCCGUCUUGCUGCAGUACGGUGUCGGUGAGGUGCUGGAGCGCUGCCCUAUGCUCCCCGGUACACCGCUCAAACCCAUGUUGGCUCACCCGACGAAGGGAGUGCAGGAGGUGUUGCAGCGAUUCGAUGGCCUCGAGUUUACCUGCGAGUGGAAGUACGACGGAGAGCGAGCCCAGAUCCAUCUGCUAUCGGAUGGGGCGGUGCAAAUUUUUAGCCGCAAUCAGGAGAACAACACGAGCAAGUACCCCGAUGUGAUCGGACGGCUCGAGUUUACGCGCAAGGAUACGGUCGAGAGUGCGAUAUUGGACUGCGAGGCGGUAGCUUGGGAUGUCGAGAAACGGCAGAUUCUUCCAUUCCAGGUGUUGAGCACUCGGAAACGCAAGGACGCGAAUGAAGCGGAUAUCAAGGUGCAGGUUUGCGUGUUCAUGUUCGAUCUACUCUACCUGAAUGGACAGCCUCUCGUCGAGCGUCCGUUCAGCGAGCGGCGUGACCUCUUGUACACCCACUUCCGUGAGGUCGAAGGCCAAUGGAAGUAUGCAACGCGACUGGAUACGGGAGAUCUGGAUGAGCUGCAGCGCUUCCUGGAUGAAGCGGUUCGUGGAAACUGUGAAGGACUGAUGGUGAAAACGUUGCAGCGCGAUGCCACGUAUGAAAUCGCAAAACGAUCGCGUAACUGGUUGAAGCUGAAGAAGGACUAUCUGACCGGUGUGGGCGAUUCGCUCGAUUUGGUCGUAAUUGGAGGGUAUCGAGGUAAGGGCAAGCGAACCGGUACCUACGGCGGGUUUCUGCUCGCUUGCUACGAUGCCGAUAACGAGGAGUACCAGACGAUCUGCAAGAUUGGAACCGGAUUUUCCGACGAAGAUCUGCAGCGGCACACGGAGUUCCUGGGUGCGCACGUGAUACCCCGUGCCAAACCGUACUAUCGCUAUGAGGCGAACCUGGAACCGGACGAUUGGUUCGAGGCCGUGCAGGUUUGGGAGGUGCUGUGUGCGGAUCUGUCGCUGAGCCCCAUCCAUCAGGCAGCCGUCGGUAUCGUGGAUCCGGAGAAGGGUAUAUCGUUGCGCUUUCCGCGUUUCAUUCGUGUGCGCGACGAUAAGGGUGCAACCGAUGCCACGACCGCGCAACAAGUGUCCGAGAUGUACCUAAACCAGGAUCAGAUCAAGAACCAGGCAGCCGGGCAGGGUGGUCGCGAUGCGGAGGAUGAUUUCUACUGAGGUAUGGCGAAUUGCUGUUUCCAUCUAGCGUUUAAUGCGGUUUACUUUCA